AUGGAGAAGAAAAUUAAAGCCGCGCAAUUAAAAAAGCGCCAAGCUCAAGCGCUGAUUAAGAACAUUGAGCAGUUCAAAUUAAACUUUACCGACAGUGAUGUGAAUGAAAUUCCCGUGUGUUUGGAACAGUUAGAGCAACAUAAUGCCAAUUUUAUGGAUGCAAUCUCCAAACUGGAAGAGUUGGAUGAGUCAGCGGAAUCACUAGAGACAUACCUGCAAGAAAGGUGCGAGAUGGAUAAUGUGUAUCGCAAAAUAAAGGGAUUCUUGCUUCAGAAGCAACCAUGCGAAGCAAAUCCGCUAAAUGCUUCAAUGUUGUUUGCGAACACGAGUGUUGGGGCGUCAGGUCAUUCGGGACCAAGUUUACGGCUCCCGAAAAUCGGAUUACCAUCCUUCGAUGGUGAUUCAACGAAGUGGCUCUCCUUCCGUGAUCGAUUUGUAUCGAUGAUCGAUUCGUCAGCAGAGAUUCCGACGAUCAUGAAGCUGCAGUACCUGUUGUCGUCAUUGAAGGGGGAAGCCGCGCUGCUCUUCGAGCACACCACGCUGAUAGCAGACAAUUACGCUGGCACAUGGGCCGCAAUGUUGAAAACUUACGACAACCCGCGUAUGCUGGUCCGGCAAUAUCUGCGGAAAAUUCACCAUCUCCCAGCGGUGAAAUCGGAGUCUGCGGAAGAAUUGGCGCACUUGGUCGUCGAGUUUAAGCGUCAUGUAGACGGCUUAGAAAAGCUGAAGGAACCUGUCGACAGUUGGGAUGCUCCGCUCACCACCUUGAUGUUCUUCAAGCUGCAUCCCUCAACUAUGCUGGCUUGGGAAAAGCAUUCGUCGCAAGCACCUCGAGAUAAGUAUAAGGAUCUCAUCGAGUUCUUACAAAGUCGUGUACUUAUUCUCAGGUCAACUCGGCAAUUCACGGAAGACAUAAAGGCCAAUACGGCAAUGGUGGCCGGCGGCGAGCAUAAAGUAGGAGCAAGGCCGAAAACUGCAGUGAAUGCAGCGACAACACGGCACUCGACGCAUGGCCAGUCCAACGGCAUGCAGCUACCUUGCCCGAUGGGUUGCGAAGAGGUGCACAAUCUUCGCAGCUGUCCUGAGUUUCUGAAAGGAGAUGUCCAGCAUCGGCGAGAAGUGGUGGCGAAGGAGCGGCUAUGCUUCAACUGCCUGAACCAAAACCACCAAGUGAGGUCAUGUAAGUCACUUAAUCGUUGCAUUACGUGCAACGCCAGACAUCAUAGCCUAUUACAUGACAACACACGUCCGAAAGUGUCGAUGGCGGCAAAGGCCGAACAAGAGAUGUCAUUUCUUGAAACGGCAUUGCUUUGGGUGGUCGAUGACCAUGGUAUUCGGCAUGAAGCACGAGCGCUCUUGGAUUCAGGAUCGAUGUGCAACUUCAUCUCGGAAUCCUUAGCGCAAAAGUUGCUUACCACGAGAUCGAAGGUUAAUGUUUCGAUCAUAGGUAUCGGUCAAGCGGUACAACAAGUUAAAGGGUCCAUCGAUGCUGCAGUGCAAUCGAAGUCAGAGCAGUUUUCAACCACUAUGGAAUUUCUGAUUUUGAAAACACCGUCUGCUGAGAUUCCAAUCACACCGAUCGACACAACAUCAUGGAAGAUUCCGACUGUCUCGUUAGCAGACCCAUCAUUCCACAUCCCAGGGAGAAUAGAUAUCGUCAUCGGUAGUGACGCAUAUUGGGAAAUGCAUACUGGCAGAAAGCGUGCACUAGGUAGAGGUAGACCAUGGUUGGUAGAGACGCCCUUCGGUUGGACAGUCUCUGGGAAUAGUUCCCACACAUCGGCUUCGAGCCAACGGUCCUGCCUCACCACCGUUAGUCAAGCUUCGCUUGACACUAUGCUGCAACGUUUCUGGGAAACAGAGAGCAUCCUAGAAGGUCCCGCGUUAUCCAUAGAAGAGGACCAAUGCGAGAAACAUUAUGCGGCCACUACAACGCGUGAUAGUCAAGGUCGAUACGUAGUAAGCUUGCCGCAUAAGACCGAUUCCAAGAUUGUAUUGGGACAAUCUAGAGCGAUAGCCGAUCGCCGGCUCGUUGCCGUUGAACGACGAUUGUUGAACAAUCCUGAAAUGGAGGUAGAAUAUAAACGGUUCAUGUCCGAAUACGAAACAUUGGGACAUAUGAGAAAACUCACCGAACCCGUUGAUGAUAGUGCUCCGCAUUAUUAUAUCCCUCACCAUGCGGUGGUGAAGGAAACGAGUACGACCACGAAGGUACGUGUUGUCUUCGAUGCAUCCUGCAAGACAACAUCUGGGUACUCGUUAAACGAUACGCUGCUCGUAGGCCCAACAGUACAAGAUGAUUUGUUUACGAUUAUCUUGAGGUUCAGAAAGCACGCCAUAGCCCUAGUAGCAGAUGUCGAAAAGAUGUAUCGACAAGUUCGUCAUUGUGAAAGUGAUCACAAACUGCUGCGCAUUCGGUACCGAGAAAGAUUCACCGACCCGAUAGCAACGUACGAGUUGCAAACAGUUACCUACGGUACUGCCUCAGCGCCAUUUUUGGCCACACGCACGUUGCAACAGAUUGCGCACGACCACAAGGGCCAGUACCCCAAAGCGAUUGAUCCAGUUCUGCACGACUUCUAUGUGGAUGAUCUAUUGACCGGUGCGGCGGACCUGGCAGAAGCCAUCGAAGUGCGCAAGCAAAUUUCGCAAAUGCUUGAUUCAGCCGGCUUUGCAUUGAAGAAGUGGGCGUCAAAUGUCCCUGAUGCACUACGAGAUGUCUCACUAGAGGAUCUUGCGAUCCAAUCGAUGCAUGAAUGGAAGGACGGCCAAGCAAUAUCAACGCUAGGUAAACUGCGACGAGUAAUGGGAUACUGCUUGCGAUUCAUCGAAUGCAGCCGAGCAAGCAAGGUAUCAGCGAGCAAGUGCAACAAACCGACGUCUAUCAAGGAGUUGGAAAAUGCUGUUCCUUCGCUUACGGCGACGGAACUGCAAAUUGCGGAACUGAGGUUGUGCCAGCUAGCACAACGGGAUUCAUUCGCGGAAGAGCUGGACGACCUGCAACGAGGGAAACGUGUUGGUGAAAGAUCGAAGCUGAAGUGGUUGUCACCGUACCUUGAUGAAGGAGGUAUGUUACGCAUCGGUGGCCGGCUGGGAAAUGCGAACAUUUCCAAGGAUGUUAAGCACCCCAUCAUCCUUGCGGCUUCACAUCACCUAUCUUCACUGUUAGUAUCAGCAUAUCAUCUGAAGUUACUACAUGCUGGUCCGCAGUUGAUGUUGGCAACGAUUCGACAACGCUUCUGGUUGAUUGGUGGUCGAAAUCUUGCAAGGAGCGUUUACCAUCGAUGCCACACUUGUUUUAAGAACAAGCCGGUAUUGGUGAAGCAGGCGGUAGCUGAUUUGCCUGAAUCACGAGUGACACCGACGAGACCAUUUGCAGUUAGCGGUGUGGACUAUUGCGGACCAUUUCUGUUGAAAUCAACGAUCCGCAACCGGAGUCCAACAAAAGCAUACAUCGCGAUCUUUGUGUGCUUCUCAACGCGAGCAGUUCACAUCGAGUUGAGGCAAAGUCUCUGA